AGGUGUAUGUACGCUACAGCAUUCGAUCCUCAUCCAGUCCCCAUAUAAAAGGGUCGCCCCUCCACUUACCCUUGGCGCGUUUCUCCCUUCCUCGCUCACAAUCCCCAAUUCCCCGAAACCGAACCAGAGCACCAUAGGCAAUAGUCAUGGCGAUGGAGUGCGCCGCCGCGGCCGAUCUGUCCACCGGGCGCCCCCGCAAGCGUGCGAGGCUUGGCUGGGACGUGCCGCCAGCUGCCGAGGCUCAGAUAAGAACAUUUUGUGGGCAAGAAGUUGGUGAUGUGGCCAGCCUGCUAUUGUCGGCACGUCCUUCAGGCCAUACUUGUUCAUCUCUGCUCCCGAAGGGUGUGGCUCGAAAUGCUUCCCCUCCUUGGAGAGAAGACGAUAAAGAUGGCCAUUACAUAUUUGCUGUUGGAGAGAAUUUAACCUCUCGCUACAAAAUAUACAGAAAAAUAGGCAAAGGUACUUUUGGCCAGGUACUGGAAUGUUGGGACAGAGAAAACAAAGAAAUGGUAGCUAUUAAAAUUGUUCGUGCUGUAAAGAAAUACAGUGAUGCAGCAAUGAUAGAGAUUGAUGUGCUGCAGAAGCUUGCAAGAAAUGGUGCAGCAGGCAAACAUUGUGUUCAAAUACGGAACUGGUUUGACUAUCGUAGCCAUAUUUGUAUUGUAUGCGAGAAGCUUGGCCCAAGCUUAUAUGAUUUUCUUUGGAAAACUGGCUACCGCCCAUUUCCGAUUGACUUAGUUCGCCAGAUCGGAGAGCAACUUUUGGAAUCUGUUGCAUUUUUGCAUUGUCUGCAGCUAAUUCAUACCGAUCUGAAACCAGAGAACAUCCUCCUUGUUUCGUCGGAUUAUGUGAAGCCCAAGGAUGGAUCAUUCUCAAGGAAACUGCCCAAAUCAAGUGCCAUCAAGUUAAUUGACUUUGGUAGCACAACAUAUCAUCACCAGGAUCUCAGCUACAUUGUCUCUACUAGACACUAUCGAGCCCCUGAAGUUAUUUUGGGGCAUGGAUGGAGUUAUCCAUGUGAUAUCUGGAGUGUUGGUUGUAUACUUGUUGAGCUUUGCUCGGGUGAGACACUGUUCCAGACCCAUGAUAACUUGGAACACUUGGCAAUGAUGGAGAGAGUUCUAGGUCCUCUUCGAAGGAACAUGCUGGGAAGAGCCGACCACCAUGUGGAGAAGUACAUCAGAAGAGGAAGAUUGAACUGGCCAGAAGGAGCAACAACAACAGAGAGCAUUAGAGUAGUUCACAAACUACCUCGCCUUCAGAACCUGGUGAUGCAGCAUGUGGAUCACUCCGCUGGGGAAUUCAUCGACCUGCUGAAGGGCCUUGUAGCCUAUGAGCCAUCGGCUAGGUUGACUGCUCAAGAAGCGUUGAGUCACCGCUUCUUCACAGGAUAUGGCGACAGGCGGUCGCUAUGAUAUCUCCGAUGAUGUUAUGCCACAUCCGUCUGACCAAAAACUAACGUAAUUUACAGAUAAUUGUGAGCUGAGGAUUCGAAGGCAAGAGACAUACAUAUACAGCCCUGAGAAUCCAGAUGCUCGCCGAAUACAGACAGGCAAUGCGUAGAAGCGAAGCUUUGUCUGUUGUGAUUGACUGAUUGUAGCUGAAAAUGUUGUAAAAGUCUGUGUAGACAGUUACAGGGGGUGCUGUCUGAAUUAUUUAAAGCAAAUUUCUUCAAUCAACUACAAAUUGUUCUGUAUGCAAGUUGCAAAUUUAUACAAAUAUCGAGUUUCCUUAAGCA